UAUAUACUUUAACAUUUACUUAAAAUACUUUUAUUAUAUUUAAAAAUAGAGAAGCAAGAAUACAUUAUGUUAGUAGUUGAUCUUACAUUAGUAUUACAUUAGUGCAUGUAUUUUAAUGUAGACAUAAAAUUGUCAAUAGUUAUUCAAAAUUGAACACUGAACAAUAAGAAUAAAAAUGAAAAAUUGGCAAUUGAUAUUUCUAAUGUUGAUAAUACCCUGUGUAAUAUUUAACGAAGCGAUUCAAUUUUCAAAUAAUAAUAUAAAAAGUCAAUAUGAAAAAGGUGCUACUAGAAAAGCUGCUGAAAAUGGAAAUUUAGAAUUGUUAAUUAAUGUUCAUGAAAAUGGAUGUGAAUGGGACGAAGAAACAACAAAGGCUGCUGCUAUUAAAGGAUAUUUAGAUAUCUUAAAAUAUUUACAUAAAAAUAAAUGUCCUUGGGACGAAAGGACAACAGAAGCAGCUGCUUCUAAAGGACAUUUAGAAUGUUUAAAAUAUGCUUAUGAAAAAAAAUGCCCAUGGGAUGAAAGGACAACAGAAGCAGCUGCUGCUAAUGGACAUUUAAAAUGUUUAAUAUAUGCUCACGAAAAUGAAUGUCCGUGGGAUAAAAGAACAACAGAAGCAGCUGCUUCUAAAGGACAUUUAAAAUGUUUAAAAUAUGCUUAUGAACAAAAAUGUCCAUGGGAUGAAAGGACAACAGAAGCAGCUGCUUUUAACGGACAUUUAGAAUGUUUAAUCUAUGCUCAUGAAAAUGAAUGUCUGUGGGAUGAAAGGACAACAGAAACAGCUGCUUCUAACGGACAUUUAGAAUGUUUAAUAUAUGCUCAUAAAAAUAAAUGUCCUUGGGACGAAAGGACAACAGAAGCAGCUGCUUCUAAAGGACAUUUAGAAUGUUUAAAAUAUGCUCAUGAAAAAAAAUGCCCAUGGGAUGAAAGGACAACAGAAGCAGCUGCUGCUAAUGGACAUUUAAAAUGUUUAAUAUAUGCUCACGAAAAUGAAUGUCCGUGGGAUAUAAGAACAACAGAAGCAGCUGCUUCUAAAGGACAUUUAAAAUGUUUAAAAUAUGCUUAUGAACAAAAAUGUCCAUGGGAUGAAAGGACAAUAGAAGCAGCUGCUUUUAACGGACAUUUAAAAUGUUUAAAAUAUGCUCAUGAUCAUGGAUGUCCAUGGGAUAAAAGGACAACAGAAGCAGCUGCUUCUAAAGGACAUUUAGAAUGUUUAAUAUAUGCUCAUGAAAAUGAAUGUCCGUGGGAUAUAAGAACAACAGAAGCAGCUGCUUCUAAAGGACAUUUAAAAUGUUUAAAAUAUGCUUAUGAACAAAAAUGUCCAUGGGAUGAAAGGACAAUAGAAGCAGCUGCUUUUAACGGACAUUUAAAAUGUUUAAAAUAUGCUCAUGAUCAUGGAUGUCCAUGGGAUAAAAGGACAACAGAAGCAGCUGCUUCUAAAGGACAUUUAGAAUGUUUAAUAUAUGCUCAUGAAAAUGAAUGUCCGUGGGAUAUAAGAACAACAGAAGCAGCUGCUUCUAAAGGACAUUUAAAAUGUUUAAAAUAUGCUUAUGAACAAAAAUGUCCAUGGGAUGAAAGGACAAUAGAAGCAGCUGCUUUUAACGGACAUUUAAAAUGUUUAAAAUAUGCUCAUGAUCAUGGAUGUCCAUGGGAUAAAAGGACAACAGAAGCAGCUGCUUCUAAAGGACAUUUAGAAUGUUUAAUAUAUGCUCAUGAAAAUGAAUGUCCGUGGGAUAAAAGAACAACAGAAGCAGCUGCUUCUAAAGGACAUUUAAAAUGUUUAAAAUAUGCUUAUGAACAAAAAUGUCCAUGGGAUGAAAGGACAACAGAAGCAGCUGCUUUUAACGGACAUUUAAAAUGUUUAAAAUAUGCUCAUGAUCAUGGAUGUCCAUGGGAUAAAAGGACAACAGAAACAGCUGCUUCUAACGGACAUUUAGAAUGUUUAAUCUAUGCUCAUGAAAAUGAAUGUCUGUGGGAUAAAAGAACACCAAAAGCAGCUGCUUCUAAAGGACAUUUAGAAUGUUUAAUAUAUGCUCAUGAAAAUGAAUGUCCGUGGGAUAAAAGAACACCAGAAGCAGCUGCUUCUAAAGGACAUUUAGAAUGUUUAAAAUAUGCUCAUGAUCAAGGAUGUCCAUGGGAUAAAAGCACGACUGAUGCUGCUGCUAAAUAUGGUAAUUUAGAAUGCUUAAAAUAUGCUCAUGAAAAUGGCUGUGAAUGGAAUCAAAUCAAUAUUGUGUUUAGUGCUAUUCGAAACGGUAAUCUAGAAAUGUUAAAAUACGCCCACGAAAAUUUAUGCGAAUUGAAUAGAGACGCAACUAUUUUGGCUGCUAUAAAAGGUAAUCUAGAAAUUUUAAAAUAUUUACAUAAAAAUAAUUGUCCUUGGGAUAAAUUUACAACAGAAGCAGCUGCUCUUAAUGGUAAAUUAGACUGUUUAAAAUAUGCUCAUAAUAAUGGAUGUCCUUGGGAUGAAAGUACGACAGAAGCAGCUGCUAUUAAUGGUAAAUUAGAAUGUUUAAAAUAUGCUCAUAAUAAUGGAUGUCCAUGGAAUGAAGACACUAUAGGAGCAGCUGCUUUUCAAGGUAAAUUAGAAUGUUUAAAAUAUGCUCAUGAUAAUGGAUGUCCUUGGGAUGAAAGUACGACAGAAGCAGCUGCUAUUAAUGGUAAAUUAGAAUGUUUAAAAUAUGCUCAUGAUAAUGGAUGUCUAUGGGAUGAAAGCACAACUAGAGCUGCUGCAGCAAGUGGCUGUUUUGACUGCUUGAUAUAUGCUCAUGAAAAAGGAUGUAAUUGGUAUGAUGAUACGAUAGCUGCAGCAGCUGGGCAUGGUAAUUUAGAUUGUUUAAAAUAUGCCCGUAAACAUGGAUGUCAUUGGAUUGAAGGUACAAUGAGAUUGGCUGCAGCGAAUGGACAUUUAAACUGCAUUAAAUAUGCCCAUGACAAUGGUUGUGACUGGGACGAAGGUACAACAAGGGAAGCUGCUGCUAGUGGUCAUAUUGACAUUUUAGUAUAUGCACAUAAAAAUGGAUGUAAAUGGGACGAAGGGACAAUGAGUGGAGCUGCUGCAAAUGGCCACUUAGACUGUCUAAAAUAUAGUCAUUUAAAUGGGUGUGUGUGGGACGAAGGGACAACAAGACUUGCUGCUGCAAAUGGUCAAUUUUUUUGCUUAAGAUUUGCCCAUGAAAACUAUUGUCCAUGGAGUAGAGGUACCAUUUAUGAAGCUACUCAAAAAGGUUAUAUAAAUAUAAUCAAAUAUGCUACCGAAAAUGGCUGUCUCAAUUAAUUUUCUGUUGAUAUAUAAUUAGUUUUUCAUUUAAGUUGGCUAUUGUCACAUUAUUUUUGAAAUAAAUUAACUUGAAUUUUUAUGUACAUCUAAUUAAGUAUUUCAGGACAUGUUAUUUUCUUAAAUAAUACUAUUUUUGUAACUAUUAUCAAAACUAAUAUAUGACAUCAA